ACCUGGUAUAGAUAUAAUAAUAUUAUUGUAAACUACAGUUUAUUACCUACCUAAUAACCUACCUAAAUAUAAUAUUAUAAUAGGUAUAUAUAUAUCUGUCGGCCGGUUGUCCAUCAGAUAAUAUUUACCCACCUCUAAAUUAUACCAUCACUCGAACCCGCGUGUGCCGCCGUCGGAAAGAACUAUGUAUCAUAGUAUAUACAGUCAUUCAGUGAUUGGGUAUUUUUGAAUCGAGAGGGAGCCCGCCGCGAUACCACCAGCACACCUACCUAAAUAUAUACAUUUUUUUACGAACCCGUACGAGAAAACGCCGUGACUAAUAUAGGUCCACUGUCUAUCGACGGCGGGCACAUGGACCGAUGACCUUAUACAUUUUGUAUUGAGUAGGCAUCCAACCGUUUAUAAUACUAUUAUAAUAUUAUACCCAGCUACAUAGACGGUGCUGUUGCGACUCGUGUCCCGCAAGACGCGUAUUACUAAUAUUUUCCGAUAUAAUUUUAUUAUUGUUUUACCGAGUUUUAUAGUACCUAGGUCUAACGCAAUAUGUUCGGUGCAAUUUUGUUCGGAACGUGUCGAAAUAAAAUGUUGGUUAUUGUUACAUUAUUAUUAUUGCCGUUCGGUGUUUUCGUCGGCGGUCAAAGUCUGGGAAAAUGUCCGAAAAAGGAGACUAUGAUGACAUUCGAUCCUAAAGAGUUUGCUGGGCAAUGGUACGAAGUAGAGAAAACGUUCUACAUGAUAGAGAUGACUGCUAGUUGCACGUCUUUCAAUUUUACUUUAAACCCUGAUGGAACAUCAUACAAAGUACAUAUUGGAACUAAAAAUAGAAUAACGGGAAACCCGAAUAUAUUUUCCGGAAUGGCGACGCUUGUAUCGAAAAGCAAAUCCGUACUCAAUUACCAAGCUGAAAGUCGACUACCUGGGCUGUUUUCGCGUAUGAUACCCACCACCGGCUUAUAUUACAUCAUGUACUCGGAUUAUCGCAACUAUACUGUCCUGUGGUCGUGUACGAGUUUUGGACUUUUCCACACAGAUAUUAUUUGGAUUUUGGGAAGAGAACGAGAUCUCACGGCAACAUCCCGGGCUGAACUAUACAACUUAUUAUAUGAAUUGAACAUUAAUCCCGAUCGAUUGAUAUUAUCUAAGCAUGAAAAAUGUGAAGAAUUUUUUUAAUUUAAGUUUAAAAUGAAACGCAGACAUUUUAAAUUGAAAUAAAUAUGCUAGUCAAUACAGUAA